AUGAGACUUGAGACAAUAGCCUUUGGUCCCGUAUAUGAAAUCGUAUUGUGGUCAUGUCCCAUUGACAUCCCAGGAGAAGGUUAUUUAGCACGAGGUGCAAUAAAACCGCUGGCGGUAUCAAGAUACGAGUGGCAGUGUGUGAAUGGAAGCGACAGAUGCCGGCGUCUAGGGCCCUCGACUCAGGCAUACGUCCACCAGCUCAUCUCUUUGUCUACGAUACCGCGUUGGCUCUAUCCUUCAAAAACCGCCCGCUCUGGGAACAAAUAUAAGUGA